AUGGAUGGUGGACCAGAAGAAGACGACGAAUCUCCAACUGGAGCAGAGUUUUGGGAGAAUCCCGACGAUGAGGUAGACAACGUUUCUUCUUCGUCGGUCAUUGAAAGUGGAGCCAUUUUGAGAAGAUCUUCUCCCUUUUUCGAAGAAUCAUCAGUUGUACACCCGAAGAAACCAGAAUCGAUGGAACCCGUGGAGAGUGGCAUGGCUGCUGGAUGA